AUGGUCUGUGAUACACUGGUAUAUCAUCCCUCCGUGACGAGAUUCGUCAAAUUUCUAGAUGGCUCAGCUGGCAGAGAAAAGGUUCUCAGAUUACUGCAGUAUUUAGCAAGAUUUUUAGCAGUACAGAACUCAUCUCUCUUGGCCAGGCAAUUACAAGCUCAAUUUACCACAGUCAGAAAAUUUCUGAGGUUUCUGAAGCCUUUAAACCACUUGCAGGCAGCUGCUAAAUUCUACGAUAACAAGUUGGCCAGCGACAACGUCGUUAGAGUCUGCAAUGUUUUGAAAAACAUCUUCUUUGCUGCAUAUUUGUCGUUAGAUCAAGUCAAUCUUUUGAGAAUUUUGAAAGUGAUUCCUGUAACCGUUCUUACCGGUAAGAAAAUACCUCGCUGGUCCAAUUGGUGUUGGCUGUUCGGCCUCCUAAGUGGUCUGGCUAUGGAUCUUCGUAAGAUCCAAACAUCUCAUGCCCAGAUUGCUGCGUUUGUCAAGGCAAAAUCACAAAGCCAAGGCGAUGAGCAUGAGGAUCACAAGAAGGUACUAGGGAAGGCAUACCAAGACAGGUACACCGCGUUAAGAAGACUAUUCUGGGAUGCUGCAGAUUCGUUCAUCGUCCUCAACAACCUAGGGUACUUGUCUAGCAACGAAGAGUAUGUUGCGCUAUCCGGUGUUGUCACAUCUAUCCUUGGUAUGCAAGACAUGUGGAAAGCUACAUAG